AUGAUGUCAUCCAAGCCAACAGCCUACCUCAGAAUAUGUGAAACCAAACCUAAUCCUUACCCACCAAGCUACUCUAUGGCUCCUGGGUCUCAACAACCUCUGAGUUUCAGCAGCCUAGGAACCCAAGCGCAGAGUGGUCAGCCUGCCUUCAUCACUUCUCCAGGAACCUUCACCAACAGUCGGCAGGGUCCAGGAAACAUACAAAUGGUAAAUUCAGCUAGAGGAGAAGCAGCUACCAACUUUAAAGAGAAAAGUAAAGCUGUCACUGCAAUCCAGAUCAUGAUUGGAUUGAUGCACACUGACUUCGAAAUUAUUUUGGGUUUAAUGGCCUCCAUUUAUAACCAAGUUUUGGGUUUUGCUUCCUUGUCUUUUACUGGCGGAUAUCCAUUCUGGGGCGACCUCUCUUUCACUAUUACUGGAGCACUGUCUAUUUCGGCAUCCAAGCAGUUUUCCCCUUGUCUGAUAAAAGGCAGCCUAGGAAUGAACAUUGUUAAUUCUGUCUUUGCCUUCAUUGGGGUGAUUCUGUUGCUGGUGGAUGUGAGCAUUAAUGGGCUGCCUAAUCAAGACUAUUGGGCAGUGCUUGCUGGGAAAGGAAUUUCAGCCAUGCUGAUCAUCUUCUCUCUUUAGGAGUUUUGCAUAACUUGUGUCACAGCCCAUUUUGCCAGCCAAGCAAUCACCAACACCAAUGGGUCUGUCCUGGCUAUUCCAACUGUGUAUGCAAAUAGUCCCUUGACCACAGGGUGGUCCUCAGUACCUCCCAGAAAUGAUGGCCACCAAGCUCAUACCACCUAA